GGAGACGACGGCCUACAGGGCUCGCUUCUGCUGCAGGAACCAGGCUUGACUUUGGCCCGGCUCCUACAAGGGCGGUUAUGGCGCCGAAUGAGAACCCACCAGGCUACGAGCCCAAAUCUCUUCUGUUCCGGCUGCUCCUUCUGACGGAGACUUGUCUCAAGCUGCGCGGGACGCCAGAUGCUGACGAGACUGCUGAGCGUGGCAGCUUUGGAUUCACCAGACACUCAGAGCGUCACCGAAACACUAAUCCCCACUGGCCGUCUGCUAUACCGUCGACCAGAUAUCCCGGUCGUCCGCUAGCCCGUUUGAGCCUUGAACAUGGCGGCGACGAAUACAGACAUGCAUAUGCUUCAGGAAAGGACGGCGGCACAUCACAUCCCUCAGCACCAGCCGCCGUCGCCCUUGCACUCUCUGUCCUCGCCUUCGCUUGCGGACAGUAUUCGCAGCCUUCGCGACGACUCGACGCGCUCCCACAACGUGCCGGCCACGGCGGACGAGCAACACCCGCACCGAGCACGUCGCAAACCCGUCCCAAGCCCGCUGUAUUCGACUAGUAAUAGCGGCCCCUCGUACCAGCAGCUGUGCUACCGCGACGCACCACGCCUGGACGAACCGCGCAGUCCGCGCGAGAAGCUUGACGCAUUGCUUGCGGAGGAGCAACAGCAUACCUCGCCCAUUCGCCCAACCCAGCCAGCGCAUCCGCCUACACCACCCACCGUCCCCACCCCGAACUUCACGCAGCCGUCGAGGCCGUCUGCGUAUGCCAAACUCCGCCAGGUGUCGUCUCCCACGCUGUCUUCGGCUGGCAUUUCCCCACCAGCCUCGCCCGUCACCAUGCCUCCACCAUCACGCCCGAACCGGCCAGACACGAGACCGACGGUGCCUGUCCGCAACCCCUCGAUAGACUCCGCCGCGUCCUCGCUGUCUUCGACGGCCUCCCAGAACCGCCCGCCCGCCAGCCAUGCGCCUCGGCCAUCGCAGGACACGAGCACCGCCAACCCCCCAGACAUGGCCAGUCUGAUAGCCGCUGCAGGCUCACCGGAGGCGGCCAUGCUGGUCUUGUGGAAGGAGAAGCAGAACACGUCCAGCCACAACGCGCAGCUCUGGCGGCUGGUUGAGAAGCAACGGUCCAUGAUCAUCGGGCUCCAGAAAGAUCUCGAGCGCGCAUUGAAGGACAAGGACCGCUACCGCAGAAAGUUCAAGGAGUACGCUGAGCAGCUGCCACCCGGCCCCGGCUCACUACAAAAGUCCGACACUUUCGACUCGGUCGUGGAACGCGAGUCCAGUCAGUCGCCAGCCCUUAGUGAGCAACCUGGUGACGCCGCUCGGCCCAGCGACACCAAAGCCACCGAGCACAAGACAUCGCCCUUGACGCAAGAGCACCCCGCACCGCAACUCAUACCAGACUCACAGCUAGCAACGUCGCCGUCUCAUUCCACGGCAUCCAACAUCUCGUCAGCCGUAAACUCACCUACGGACUACUCCGUGCAACCCCUUAGCCUUGGUAGCAGGGGCCUCGGCCUCGACACUACGAUGCUGCAGCCCGGCGAUGCUGCUCAACCCCCAGCGCAAGCCCCGAAGCCAGCCACCCCCCCUCAGAACACCUCAGACGUGACGCUCGUCCCGGGCAGCUCACAGCUCCAGCCUCCGCAGAUAUCGCUAAUCCAGGCUACGCCUGUCGUCGGCGGCGAUGGCUUUGAAUCACCCCCAAGAAAGACUCCGCAGCCUCUGCGAAAGGCACCGCCAGCUCCACUUAACCUGUCGAAACCCACAACGACCAGUGCACAUCUCCACCGGGCCGUGCAUGGCGACGAUGUCGACUCUGAUUACGACGAUAUACUGGAGGUGGAUGAGAUACCUGUUGUGGAGCUGCGAGGAAGGAGAAAGACUCGAGAGGAAGAUGACAGGGUCCGUGAGGCCAUGUAUUCGAAAGAUGAGGAAGCUCGAAGCAAGUCGAAGAAGAAGAAAAGCGAAAGCAAGAGCAAACAAGCGACGCCUUCUGAAACACCAGCAGGCGAUCAGCCUCAGGCGGUCCCCGUUCCCCUUUCGCCGCGUCAGUUCAAUGCGCUGCAAUCGGGCCUUCCACUCUCUCCCCGUCACCCGCCAGCCAACUCUCUGAAUGCUCUUCUUAGUCCUGCAAACUCCGAUAGUUCUAUGAUGGCUAACCGAAGCGUUGCAUCCCCACUCAUGAGCCCAGGUCUACCAUCCAGCCCCCGACCCACGGACAGGCCACUCGGAUCGCCGUUACCCAGGAAUCCUAAGCAGUCAAUCGCAUCACCACCCAUGUCGCCGACUGCCACGCACCAGUCGGCUGCUCGGGCAAUGCAGCAACAAGUUCCAUUCCCACCAAACACACCUCAGUCAUAUCAGUCACCCCCAGUCAACCAAAGUCAACAGCCUAACCAGCUACGCAAAGAGGCUUCGACGGGCCUUUUGACAGUUCCAGGUGCACAGCCCAGUCCAGAAUCACCAUCGAGUAGCCCUACUCUCAACGAUGUUCCGGAUGCAGAACACGUCUACCGCGGACUCGUGUCAGACCAGUACCCUGGACUCUUGCUGCCCCCCAAUGCACUGCCCUCCAUCCAAGUAAAAGUCUUCUCGUCUCGUCUUCGGCCAUCACGUAUGAGCAUGUUAGCCCCCAAGCCACAGGAGGAGGACCCUGUCUUUAUUCUUGCCGUCUACGCCCGCUCCGAUAACAAACAGCUGUGGCGUGUAGAAAAGACCAUUGCUACGCUGCCUUCUCUAGACUCUCAGCUGAGGUCUUUGUGUGAUUUUCAGGGACGACUUCCAGACCGUGCUCUCUUUGGAGGACAUGCGCCUGCCAAGAUUGACGCUCGUCGGGUUGCCCUCAACCAAUACUUCGAUACUGUCCUGGAAACUCCCAUGAACGAGAAGACGGCCUUAAUUGUCUGUGAAUACCUGUCUACUGAUGUAAUAGGCGCCCAGGCUGGCGAUAGACUGGCCCCCGAGCCCACACCAGGUCCGAUAGUGUCUGUUCAGAAAACGCAGCGCAAGGAAGGUUAUCUUACCAAGCGUGGCAAGAACUUCGGAGGCUGGAAAGCGCGCUUCUUUGUUCUGGAUGGCUCAGAGUUCAGAUACUUUGAGGGCGAGGGUGGUGCGCACUUGGGAACGAUCAAGCUGCAAAACGCACAGAUUGGGAAGCAGUCACAACAGCAGUCAAACCAAUCGCCACAACGACGGGACGAUUCUGAAGAUAACCAAUAUCGACACGCCUUCCUCAUCUUGGAGCCAAAGCGAAAAGACUCGACGAGCUUAGUGCGCCAUGUGCUGUGUGCAGAGAACGAUGAAGAGCGAGAUGCUUGGGUCGAGGCUCUUCUGCAACAUGUCGAUAUACCAGACGAAACUUCGCCAGUCGAGAUUCGCGUUCCCUCUGCUACGCGUCUUCAAAAGCAGCAGGCCAGCCAAGAUUCGGCACGCUCUCAGCGGAGAGAAAGCCCUGACAUGGGAGAGCAGGAUCGCUUGCAAGGCCUCAGCUAUGACGACACGGUGCAAGCGCAAGCUCCCGUCCGCGGACCCAAUAAUCACCGUGAUAUGAUGGCAGAAAAGCCGUCACGAGGGUCGCCCAAGGAUUCGUCCUUCCUUCAAGAUAAUUCAGGUCACUAUCCUGCAAUCUCUGGACCAAGCAACGGAACCCCCAUCAAGGACUCUGAGAGCUGGGGCAGCAAACCAGCGACAGGACCUACGACUGUCAAAGACAAGAAACGUAGCAUAUUCGGCUUUAGAGGCCGUGGCGGUUCUUCUGAUCUCGCACCAGUACAGGUCAGCACCCCGCUGCAGCCGGCUGUAGAACAUCGCCUGCCUCCGGGCCGCAGUGUAUUUGGUAUUCCACUUAUGGAAGCUGUGGAGUUCACGCAGCCUGACGGUGUCAAUGUGGCGCUGCCAGCUGUCGUCUACAGGUGCUUGGAGUAUCUGCGAGCAAAGAAGGCAAUCAGCGAAGAGGGCAUCUUCCGGCUCAGCGGGUCAAAUAUUGUUAUCAAGGGCCUGCGCGAUCGGUUCAACAACGAAGGUGACAUCAGGCUGCUAGACGGGCAGUACUAUGACGUUCACGCCGUCGCAUCGCUUCUCAAGCUGUACCUGCGAGAACUGCCGGCCUCUGUCCUAACUCGGGAACUGCAUCUUGACUUCCUCAAGGUUCUCGAUAUGGACGAGCGUAGCAAGAAGAUCCAGAGCUUCAACGUUCUGGUACACAAGCUACCUAGGCCUAACUUUGAGCUCUUGCGACACAUGGCGUCUUUCCUGAUUGAGAUUGUCGACAAUUCCGGGGUGAACAAGAUGACGGUGAGGAAUGUUGGCAUCGUAUUCGCUCCGACUCUGAACAUUCCGGCCCCGUUGAUAUCCUUCUUCCUGACUGACUACACGGAUAUCUUCGGUACUGCUCUCGAUGAAGCAAGCUCCCCAAUCCACGAGAUCCGGAACAACACUUCUCACCUGGGAGACGACGCGAUUCGAUCUCCUCGGAGGCAGAUGUUCUCAGACCUCCCAACGCCUGCAUACAACGAGACCACAUUCCAGCAGCGUAUGGAUCGACCGCCUCAAGGCUAUCAAGGGAAUAGCGCUCCCAACUAUCCGCCCCCACAGCCCCCGCAGCAGUAUCAACAGCAACAUCAGCAGCAGUACGGCCAACAGCAGCAAGGUCAAUACAACAGCUAUGAUUCGGGAUUCAUUCCCAUGCGACCCAGCUACGAUGCGCCAGCUUACGAUCAGCCAUAUCACUCUGGAGAGGGAUACGGCAGCUUGAACGGUGCUGUUCAGUCUAGCGGAGCUCGCGAACAGCGGCAACGAAAACGAGAGAGCGGUAUGCUUUUGAUGAACAUGGGCAUGGGCGGCCAACGCAAGGGCUCGGGUGGAUCCAACCCUCCACGCGGAGAUGGACGAAUGGAUGGACGAAUGUAUUCACAAAGCACCAACAACCCUCUAAUGGUACGAGAAGAGACGGCGUUCGAGUGAGCAAGCCUUGGCUCGAUUCGCGACAACGACGACACAUGACGAUGUACCAAGAAUUCUGUCUAAUUUUUGAUUCUUAAUUCAUGGCCACGGACUGGAUCUUUGGUUACUUGGAAGCGCCGAAGAUGGCUAUCAACAGUUGGUAGUCCUCUACGGAGCCUCAUUGCG